GUGGCGCGUGACCUGGAUGCGGGAGGCAGGAAUCCGUAGCAAGGUGUAGGGGAGCCCGGACCAGCCGAGCCCAGAGGCGGGGCGGGGAGUGAUCAGGCCCAGGCGGCGGGCGCCCAGCGAAGCGCUAAAUCGGGUCAAGCUUCCUUCUUUCUUCUCCUCCCACCUGGGCCUCUCCGUGGAGACGCGCACCUGGCAACCGGCAGCCGCGCUCCGCCGCGUCCCCGCCUUCUCCGUUUGGGCCGGGCGCCCAGAGCCUGACCCGCACGCACCCCGAACCUGUCCCCGGCCCUUGUCGCCUCGGUCGCUGGUGGCGGCCUCGAGCGCUCGCUCGUUGAUGCCGUUUUGGGGGUGACCCGGCGCGGCGGCGGCGCCUCCAUGGUGGGGACGUGUUAGUGGCCGCGGCACUGCUGGACGUCGAGUGCGCGGCUGCAGGGUGAAGGGCAGCCAGCCGGAGAGACCCCGCGCGCAGUUCGGGUUUCGGGGCGCUGGAGGCAGCCAGGGCGGCGCGGAAGCGCGAGAUGUUGGAGCUGAGACACCGGGGAGGCAGCCCCAGCCCCGGGGGAGCGGUGGCGGCUCCACCCCGCGAGGGAGAGGCGGCUGGCGGCGAUCACGAAACCGAGAGCACUAGUGACAAAGAAACAGAUAUUGAUGACAGAUAUGGAGAUUUGGAUUCCAGAACAGAUUCUGAUAUUCCGGAAAUCCCACCAUCCUCAGAUAGAACCCCUGAGAUCCUCAAGAAAGCUCUAUCUGGUUUAUCUUCAAGGUGGAAAAACUGGUGGAUUCGUGGAAUUCUUACUCUAACUAUGAUUUCAUUGUUUUUCCUGAUUAUCUAUAUGGGAUCUUUUAUGCUGAUGCUUCUUGUUCUAGGCAUCCAAGUGAAAUGCUUCCAUGAAAUUAUCACUAUAGGUUAUAGAGUCUAUCAUUCUUAUGACCUACCAUGGUUUAGAACUCUAAGCUGGUACUUUCUACUGUGUGUAAACUACUUUUUCUAUGGAGAGACUGUAGCUGAUUAUUUUGCUACAUUUGUUCAAAGAGAAGAGCAACUGCAGUUCCUCAUUCGCUACCAUAGAUUUAUAUCAUUUGCCCUCUAUCUGACAGGUUUUUGCAUGUUUGUGCUGAGCUUGGUGAAGAAACAUUAUCGACUGCAGUUUUAUAUGUUCGCAUGGACUCAUGUCACUUUACUGAUAACAGUUACUCAGUCACAUCUUGUCAUCCAAAAUCUGUUUGAAGGCAUGAUAUGGUUCCUUGUCCCAAUAUCAAGUGUUAUCUGCAAUGACAUAGCUGCUUACCUUUUUGGGUUUUUUUUUGGGAGAACUCCAUUAAUUAAGCUGUCUCCUAAAAAGACUUGGGAAGGAUUCAUUGGCGGUUUCUUUUCCACAGUCGUAUUUGGAUUCAUUGUGAGUUUUACUAGGAUUUUUAUUUUACUUACAUUUUGAAAAGUGGUAGCAAGUUUAUCCAUCUAUCCUAAACCUAAAAUAACAACACCACAAAAUGCUAAUAAUGUAUGUAUUGAAAACCACUAAACAGAAUCUAUUCUGCACCUCAGUACCUCUCACCCUGGCCUCAUAUCAGA